UCACUUUACCAUUGAUUUGCUUUGUGUUGCUUUAGCCGUGAAAAUGUUUUCAUUUUAUAAAUAAUUAAAAUAAAUUAAAAAUUCUAUGUACAAGUGUCAGACUGUUAUCGCAUGCAUUAAGAAUGGAUGUAAUUGGCGAAAUCAAUGAAAAAUACUCGGCGCUGGAGGCGGAGAUCGAUAGAAGACUGGAAAAAAUCAAAGCAGAUGAAAAUAAAUUACAGAAACUGGAAGAGCAAAGAGCGAAUAAGACUUCGGCGCAAACAAAUAAAGUGCUCUCAUAUGAGGAAUCCAUUGCGAGAAACACAAACUUACUGAAGUCUUUGGAUAUUGCGAAGGCGCGUUUACGUUCUCGUUCCACUUUCUCACCAGUUGAACAAAUACUGGAAAAGGCCAUUGCAAAUUAUAAACGGGACUUGGAAACGUCACAACAGUUAUCGUCACGCCUCAAGCAAGUGCAAAUUUACGAGUCGUCAUCACCGUUGCUAGACUCAGCCAGAGUCGAUGAAGGCCAACAGUAGCGAGUGAAAAGGAAAACUAUUUUAUACGAAUGCCUUGAAUAAUGAAUAAUGAAAUGCCUUGAAAUGAAUAAAUUUAAGUGUGUCGAAAUUAUAUUAAACUAUUUAAUAAAUAAAAAUCUUAUGUGUGAAAAAAUAUUA